AUGCACGGGAGAGCAAAGGGGAGAAGAGAAGGGGAGAGAGAAGGGGAGAGAGAAGGGGAGAGAGAAGGGGAGAGAGAAGGGGAGAGAGAAGGAGGUUGUUGCAUUUUAGAUGGAAGGAGUGGUGGGGCAAGGGGGAGACAGGAAGGGGAGGGGGAGCACGGGGAAGGGGAGGGGGAGCACGGGGAAGGGGAGGGGGAGCACGGGGAAGGGGAGGGGGAGCACGGGGAAGGGGAGGGGGAGCACGGGGAAGGGGAGGGGGAGCACGGGGAAGGGGAGGGGGAGCACGGGGAAGGGGAGGGGGAGCACGGGGAAGGGGAGGGGGAGCACGGGGAAGGGGAGGGGGAGCACGGGGAAGGGGAGGGGGAGCACGGGGAAGGGGAGGGGGAGCACGGGGAAGGGGAGGGGGAGCACGGGGAAGGGGAGGGGGAGCACGGGGAAGGGGAGGGGGAGCACGGGGAAGGGGAGGGGGAGCACGGGGAAGGGGAGGGGGAGCACGGGGAAGGGGAGGGGGAGCACGGGGAAGGGGAGGGGGAGCACGGGGAAGGAUCGCAAUCGUGGGAUGACAAAGGGAGGUGA